UUCAGAACGACGAUCAUUAGGACCAGGUGGAACAGCACCAAAGAUUCCAUCACGGACAAACCCAUCUCGGACAAUGGUAUCUGCAGGAGAAAAGGACAUCAAUGAUAUUUUCGAUGAUAUACAAUUUUCGGAGGAGACGUACAUAAAGAAGGGCUACGAAGAGGGCUUAGAGAAGGGUUUGGCCGAGGGUAAUCCUGAAGGUUAUCACCUUGGUUACCAUCGGGGAGCGGAAAUUGGAGCCGAGCUGGGGUACUACUGCGGCGUACUCGUAUCCCUGGAAACGAACAAAGCUGAGUACUCGGAGAAAGCUCUGAAGACGUUCGAAACUCUUGAAGAGUUGUUGGGCAAUUUCCCGCGGAUCAAUGCGGACGACGUGGACAUCGUAGCUGAAGCGGAGAAGGUGCGGACGUUGUUCAAGAAGUUCUGCGCUCAGGUGAAGCUCGACCUCAGCUAUCCGGAGGUGGACAACUUAAGUUUUUGACGAUGCGCGGAAGAGCGGUGGA